GUUAUCCUUGACACCCUCUCAUCUUUUUUUUUUUCUUCUUCUUCUUCUUCUCUUUAUCUUUCUUCUCACUCACACACACACACACAAUCACUCAUCAUCACUACUGCUUCUUUCUCUGUCGGCGGCGACAGUGGCGGUAGUGGCCGCAGUCGUGAAAGUAGCACAAGCAUUAUUGCUGGUCAACAAGGCCAACACGCUCAAGCAGUGGCUACUCCUAUCGGAGGACGACGUGCUCGUCGUUAUUCCCUUCCUUCUUCUACUCCCUCGGCUUUGCAUCAGCAGCAACAUGGCAUUCUGCCGAGUAGUAGCUCCAUGCACAAUGACAACGAUGGCCAUGACAACAAGAACAACAACGUGAAUCAGCCCAUGCUGCAGCCACGACGAUCAGCUCGUAUCCGUCAAAGACCCUCUUCGCCUACGGAGGAUGAAGACGAGCAUCAUGAAAACGGUAGCAAACAACAAGGCGAACAAGAAGAUCAAAUCAUGGCAAAUGUUGACUAUCAAGAACAAGAACAAGGGGUCGGAAAAAGACAGCAGGGUGGUUCUUCUUUGAGUGGUACGCCUGCUCCCGGAUCUCCUGAGGGCAGCAGCACAACCGCAGGUCGACGCGGUGGAACACGUCAUGGGAUCCAGACGGAGAACGAGGACAGUCAGUUUGUACUGCGAUGGGUCCAAGACAACUACCAGUACGAGCAGGAUCACAAUGUCCCACGAAGCGGCAUGUACGAGCACUACCGAUCGACAUGCGAACGGUGUAACGCCAGCCCUGUCAAUUCCGCCACUUUUGGCAAGCUUAUCCGCCAUGUGUUUCCCGAGAUCUCCACCCGUCGGUUGGGCACUAGGGGGCAAUCCAAGUACCACUACUGUGGCAUCCGUCGUCGGGCUGGUCCAAAUCUAGCGCCGCCUCCUCCUUUCCAUCGUUCCCGGCACCAGCAACAACACCUGUAUCACGCUGAGACCGCAUCUUCUUCGACUACUGCUGCUGCUGCUGCUGCUCCUCCUCCGCCGCAGCAGCCACCCGCUUCUUCGACUUACUACAGUCAGCCAGUCUCAACCCGACGGAUUCGAGCAACUACAGGCACGAGACCUUACCAUCGUCGUCCCAGACCCAUGUCGCCUGACGACAACAGUCCGUCUGGUCCAAUGGAUAUUUCGGGUCCUUCUUCAUUUACUGAGCUUGCUGCAUCGCAUCGUCCUUAUCACCACUAUCUUCACCAUCAUCAGCAGCAGCAGCACCCAUUCAUGCCGCCGUCGUCACCUUCUCCUUCACCUACCGCUUCUUCGUUUCCUCCUCGUGCUCGAGGAGCAUUUGCUGGUGCCGGCAUUGUACAACACCAACAGCAGCAGCAGCAAGACAUGACCUCUUCUUCACUUGCUGCUGUGUCUCGUCCCACUGAUGCCACUUUAGCACAUCAACCAUCCAAACGAACGCGUCUGGGCGAUCCAGUCCCAGACUAUCCAUCAACCCCACGCACCGAUCUUCAUCUGCCAGCUUUCACUACGCUGACCUUUGCGAGCCAAAACGACACGAUGCACGAAUUUGCACAUGUGUACGAAAUGCACUGCACUGAGAUUUUGCACAUGAUUCGCAGUGGCCAGUUUCAAAGCAUCUACGGAGUCUUGGUUGGAUUUUAUCACAUGCUGCCUGACCGUUUCCGCACCUUGAUUGAUGAACAACCCCAAGCCGCGGACGCCAUCUGGCGCUGGGAUUGCGCCCUCUAUGACGCAGUCAUCGUGACCAUGCUGCCCACGAUCCAGUCUCCCUUGAGCUAUGAAAUGAACAAGGCCUUGCGUGAAUACACUCGCGAUCUUGAAAAUUACUUGAGCGAUUCGCUCCAUGGCUAUCCCGACAAUCUGCGUGAGCUCAAAACUGAUGUUGCCCGUAUCUUUGUCUCCAAGUUCCGUCGCCAUUUAAAGCUGAACCAGAUGGCCCAAGCAGCUGCAGCAUUGCUUCGUCGACCCAACACACUGGAGCCUAUGCGUCAAGACUGGGAUAGGGUGGAUGUUGCUUCGAUUUUGGACCAGACACAUUGGCCAUGUGAUUGUGAUAGCGCCGAGAUCCGUCGUAUCUUGGUCUUUGAUAUCACCAAUCUCUUGAACUCGGAGGCAAGCUUGGAUCAUUGGAUAUCUUGGAUGCAAGGCGUUGUCGAUCGCUACAUGACAACGCAUCAACAGAAGGCUGGUCGCAAUCACGGCUAUCUCAUUUUCUAUGCCAAGCAGUUUAUGCUCAAGUGGUCUGUGUAUACCUCGUUGAUUAUCAAGGACAUGACACUGACCGGUGCAAAAAGUAUUGAUCAAUUCAGAAUCUUGACGUUAUUCUUUGAUGACAUGAUGCAAUACUUGAUCGAGGAACGACUCGCAAAAGUGAUGGCAAGCAGUCCAUUUGCUCAGCAGCCAUUGACGGUAGCAGCUGCGGCAGCCGCACUCAAUACUACCAGUACUGGAGGCAGCAGUAGUAGUGCCCCCGCGACAUCUCCUCCUCCUUCAUCGGCACCAGCAGCAGCAAAAACAGGGGCAGAGGCAGCACAAGCUCGGGGUCAACAAACGUCAACAUCCACUGCUACCACUACUACUGCUGUUGCAAUGCUUGAUACGCCUCCCCCUUCCACCACUGCAUCUUCUCAUCGCGAGCAUCAUUCGCAAGAUCAGCAGCGGCAGCAGUCGCCUCCACAACAGCACCUUCGACAACCGACUCCAUCGCAAUCUUCGACCGCAACACAAUAAGACGCCAGGUCUUAUCUCAAACAAAAACUUUGCUACACGACCAUGCCACUCCACAGAAACUUAGCAAUAGCAGUAUAGCAGCGAAAAAAAAAGAAAAACACAUUUGCAUAUCCGUCGUAUUCACCUUCACCCUCUUCUUUUGCACACGAUAAUCUCUUCCUCUUGCGUAAUUCCUUUUCUUCCUCUGCACUCUUUCUUCCAAUAACAACCCCAUCUCAUCAAUUCACAGCCUUGAUUUUCCAAAUCUACUUGUGCGUUAGUAUUUUUCUUUUUUUGGCAUUUUACUGGAUUGAAUCCGCCCCCCCAAACACACUAUGCAGAAUCUCAGCAGAAAAUAAUAAAGGAUAUAUGUCUCGUCU